AUCGGAGACUGCUGCUUUCCCUACGCACACCCGCACGGUCAAGCAGAUCCAGGCCGUCCACCCUGUUGAGAGCUUCACCGCCUCGACGUCUGCCGUCGAGAAGCGCCGUCGCUGCGGUCAGAUCGAGUAGCUCAAGCUUGUCGCCGAGAUGAUCGGUUCUCCAAUAGAACAAUACAGUGAGGCAGCUGCAAUCAGGGAAGGUCUCCAGUAUCUUUUUAAGAGAUAAAAAUGCGAAGAAUGCGUGUUGAAGCAGAUCCAACGACGAGGAUCUACAUCUAAGACAUACUGUGGACUUCAAAUUCUCACAAGUAUACUGGCAAGUUCACUGUAGUUGUGAUCAUGAACUGGUGAUUGCAACCAUAAGGAGAAGUGUUGGAGGAAGAACACAAACCUGCAGCAUUCGAGCGACGUUGCUGGCCCCAAAGAUUCUGUGAACGCAGGCAAAUCUAUGGGGGUUGGCGGAGGGGAAGUAAGGCGCCAACACGCAGUCCUCACAGCAUCUCCUCCUCAGAUACCGACACGCCGCGCAUCGAGUUGGAUUCGACAUGGCGGCUCACGUUGUCGGCGCUUCUUAGAUUGACCGGUAGAUCCCCCCAAAAUCUAUUACUGAAUUUUCUGUUAGAUUUUCUGCUGAUCCAUUGAGAUCCUCGUGGAGAUUUAUUGCGACGGAGGGAGCUCCCCAUCAAGGAAAGCUCAACGGCUAGUGAUUUGAACAGGAGAGGGAAGAACAUGGAAGAUGUGAUUUUUGAGAUGAUUGGCGGCGUUCUAAAUGGUUAUUCGUAGAUAUGCUGACGAUAUUGUACAGGUUGCGUUGCGGCUUUAAAGGAUAAGGGAGUAAGAAGCUUCUUUUGUGAUUAGUAGUUUUGAAUUUUGUUUAUCAUGGAUGCACAGAGAUCAAUCGAGAGAGAUGUUGUUGUGGAUCUGGAAAGUGGCAUGAAUGCACUAAUCAACCAACGAGAGGGAGCAAAAGAUGUGGACUUGAGUGCGGGGCAGGGGAGAAGAGUGAUGAAUAAGGGAUGGGGUGGUCUUAUGGGCAUCGAUGGGUUCAUGCAUGUUGAAGAAGCUGCGAAAUCAGCAAACAUUAUGACAAGUUGUUCUGCGCUUCCUCUCACAAAUGCUGAAGCUUCAGUGGACAAGAGGAACAGAGGAGAGGAAGGCCCAAACCUGUUGGAGAAGAAGGUGGGAGCCGAGAAGACUAAAAAGAAGGGCUGUAAGAAGCCUCCAAAACCUCCCCGGCCUCCCAAGUCACCACCUUUGGAUGCUGCUGAUCAGAAGCUGAUAAGGGAGAUAUCUGAGCUUGCCAUGAUGAAGCGGGCAAGGAUCGAGCGAAUGAAACUGAAGAUGAAGAAUGCCAAGUCGACAUCUUCUAAUGGCAACUUGUGUGCCUUGGUUGUUACCAUUCUUUUCUGCCUUGUUAUAAUCUGGCAAGGAGCUUUCUCUGGAGGCAAUUCUACUGCUGGAUUUCAUGGUUCCCCUGAAUCUUCCCUAAGGAUUGGCAGUGGAUUGAUCUCCGUUCGAAUCCACAAGAAGGCCUCGGAAAAUGGCCGUAAUAUGCCUUACUCAGCAACUCCAAAUAACGGGGAACCAGUUUCUUGAUGAGAUUACCAUUUGAAAGCGAGCAGACUUCUGAAGAUUCAAACUCAAAUCCUGCAAUCCCAGAGAUAGUAACCUUCAUCAGACCUUGUUCUAAACGACUUAUUUCUCCUUUUUCUUCUUUUAUUUUUCGGAAGCCGAUAUCUGCAUUGUGUUUUCUCGUUAUUAUGGUUUGUACAUAUGAGCAGACAACUCCUUUCAGAACACAUGCAUUUUGUAAAUGAUAGGAAGCUCCUGCUAUUUGUUCUUGUCUUCAA